GAGACAGCACGUCCACCACCGCGUGUGCGGCAGUGGGGAUCAGAAGAGGGAGAGAAAGGGAGAGUGGGAGAGAGAUAAUCGACGCGGGUGAGGAAUCUGAUAGAGCGAGACGGCGGAUCAAAGAAUCCGAAGGAGGGAGAGAACGUGCCGAUCCGCGGCGCGAGGUGGGAGAGACCGCGAGAUCGCGUCGGCGAAAUACAAAGAGAGGGAGAGAGAGAGAAUGAGUGACGGCGAUAGAGGGAGCGAAUAGGAAGAGGGGGAAAGACGAACUCUCCUCCUGGUGGAGAGAGAAUCCAACGUGGAGAAAGAGGAAGUCGGGCCGCGAACGCGGGACGAGGAGAGCGAGUGGCGAGAGAGAAAGAGCCGGACCCGCGGCGUGUGAGGAGAGGGAAAACCACGGGGGCUUUUGAAAAAGUUUUAUCUUGUCGGUGCGCACGGCCUCUCAGACGCUACCGAACGCCGGUACGGUGUUGUUGGGCCACGUCGCGGCCUCCUCGGCGACGAAUUUCUAGGAAAGAGAACGAACGGAGAGAGAAAGGAAGGAAGAAAGAGAGAAAAGGCAGAAAAUCCCUUUCGUCGUGCGCUUCGCGAUUUCCGGUCCCGGUCCCGGUCCCGGUCGGUCCUACCGUCAACUUCCGUCCAUCUCGUCCGCCCGCGCGCCCGCGGACGUUCGCGCGAGAGAAUCCCGCGAGGACCGCCGAGAAGGAGGCUCGCGACGUACAUCAUCCGCAGGAUAAGAGGGCAAAUUUCUUCUGCGUGUCCUUGGAGGAAUUGUUCUUCUUUCGCCCGUCUCGCCAUGUGCCAACGUCGCUGAGGUGUCCCGCAGUGCCGAUCGAGAGAAAGAGCGAGCGAGAGAGAAAGAGAAAGAGGGACGAAUACGGCGAGGUAAGAAGAGGGAGAGAGAGAGAGAGAGAAAGAGGGUCAGUCAGGAAGAGGGCGAAGAGGUCGAGAAGUGACUCCUUGCCGGUCGCGACAGACGGCCAGCGGCGAGAUGAAGAACCGUGUGUUGCUAAAGAGUGCAUUGCUCCUGUUGCUGAUCGCGGCGGAUGGCCUGGUGACAGCAUUAGAGGAUGACGACUUGAUUUUCGAUCCGGAGGGCAAACAAACUGCGGCUCAAGCACCAUUGAUCGAAACGCAUCAGGACGAUUCUUUUUUUCACAGGAUAAAGAGAGGAGUUUCGGAUUUAUUUACAUUAGCCCGGGGGAUUGCGACAACUACACCAUCAGAUCAAGAAGAAGAAAAUGAGAUUCAAAAUCAAGAUAUUGACAAAUCCGUCAUCUUAAACGUUGGAGAUGAAGGAAAUCAUACUGUUGAUCAGCCUGAAGUGCCAAAUGCCAAAACGGGUAUCGGUGUCAUCCAAAGAUUGGUCCUCGAGAAGAACGAAAACAAUGACGAAGCAGAUGAGCACGAAAAUGAAAUUAAUAACCCUGCAGAAAGUCAGAGAAUACCACUAACGUACGGAAAUACUGAUGAUGAAGAUUUGGCUGGUUCAGGAGAAAUCGAAGGCAGCGCAGGCGAAGUGGAUUAUUCUCCCAACUCAGGAAAUACACAUCGCAACACUGAUGGCAAAGCACGUUUCUAUCGAAUAACAUUGACAGUUGGCGAGCCGUACAGACGAGAAUACGCUGACAGAAACAGUCUUGAAUACCGAGAAUUGAGUAGCAAUCUUACACACGCCGUCGAAAAUUUGUAUAAUCGUCACAUUCCAGGAUACAAUCAUUUCGCCAGCGUCGUCAAGAUAUCGCCAACGACCGACGCUUUUACGUCGCAAGUUACUCUAGACAUUGGUUCGACAUUCACGGACGAGCUCGAAGUGCGUGCUAUCCUAGAGCAACAGCUGCAAUAUCAUUCCUUGGGCAGUAUCCAAGUAGGUCCGGAGGGAUUCACGUUCAGGAUAUUCCAAGCCGGAGAGAAAGACACGCAGCCGGAAUGCGAUCAGAUGACAGAAUUAAGAUGCAGAAGCGGCGAAUGCGUACCUUUAGAAUCCCGCUGUGAUGGUGUAUCACAAUGCAACGAUAGUUCCGAUGAGGACAACUGCCCGACAGAUUCAUUGAAUAAGACACGCGACGAUUUUGAAUACACCACUGUGACAUCACAACAUCCCUCGCUACAUUUCCCGACGGAUACGACUCACACGGUAAAUCCGGAAGUACCGGACAUCGACGACAAGCAGAUCGAGGAGUCCACGCUGAGGUCGUCUUCGAACAAGUGCCGCGCCGAUGACACGGUACGCUGUCACGACGGCAGUCGUUACAUCUGUUCGGUACAACAGUGCGAUGGCGUUCCGGACUGCGAUGAUGGUGGUGACGAGAUCGAUUGCCCGCAUCCAGGCUGUAGUGCUGGCGAAUUCGCGUGCGACGUAAACAGAUGUAUAUUGGAAUCUCAACGAUGCAACUUUAUGGAGGAUUGCCAAGAUGGGAGCGACGAACAUGACUGCAGUUAUCCAGCGUGUUCUUCGACCGAGUUCAUAUGCAGAAACGGUCAAUGUAUCGACAGUAACAGAUACUGCGAUGGCGUGCAAGAUUGCCACGAUGGAUCCGAUGAACACAAUUGCCCCUGCAAGGAAGACCAAUUCGAAUGCGCGCCUGGUUAUUGCGUGCCCUUAUCACGGCGCUGUGACGGAUACACGGACUGUAUCGGUGGAAGGGACGAACAAAAUUGUUACAACAUGACACGAUGUCGAGCGGACGAAUUCGAGUGCGCCAGCGGUUCAUGUGUCAGCAAAAAUGCAAGAUGUGAUGGACGAAACGAUUGUCUCGAUCAUUCUGAUGAAUAUAAUUGCAACGUAACCACCUGUAGUGGGGAUCAAUUCCGUUGUCUGGAUGGCAUCUGCUUGAGUAUCGACAAGCGUUGCAACGGAAUCGCCGAUUGCCGUAACGGCGAAGAUGAGAGCCAAUGCGGUUGCGGAGACACCGAGUUUCGCUGCACGGACGGCCGCUGCAUCAACUACGUGUUGCAGUGCAACGGGGUGAACGAGUGCUCUGACGGCUCUGAUGAGAGGGACUGCGGUUUGGCCCCGUGCCCUUCCACGGACUUCACCUGCGGGGAUGGCUCUUGCAUAUCGAAGAGCUCGGUCUGUGACGGAUUCGACGACUGCCCCAGGGCAGAAGACGAGCUUUAUUGCGAGCGGGAAUGCACGCCUAACCAGUUCAAAUGCGCCACCGGGAACAAGUGCAUCGAGGACGUCUACAGGUGCGACGGCCAUCCGGAUUGUCCAGAUCACAGCGACGAGGACUGCGCCCCGUCCGCUAACGACACUACACACACCACUUCGCCUACCACCAACUCCUCCGAUCCACGCUGGACACCCGAACGCAGAAGGGAAUGCGAUCCGAGGACAGAGAUGCGCUGUGAUGAUGGCGGUUGCGUUCUUCUACGACGUAAAUGCGACAAUAUCUUCGACUGCCUCGACGGCAGCGACGAGCGCGGCUGCGGGAUAUGCACACCUGCCGAAUGGAAGUGUGCCAGUGGCGAAUGCUUGCCGGAAAACCAAAGGUGCGACGGAAUAAAGCAGUGCAGCGACGGAUCCGAUGAGGAUCUAUGUGUAACCGAAUGUCCACCUGGGUGGUUUCGAUGCAACGAUGGAGUGUGCCUCGACAUUAAGAGACGUUGCGAUGGCCGGCCGCAUUGCUUGGACGGCUCCGACGAGUUCAAUUGCUCUCGUAACAAAUGCCCCGACGGUCAACUACCCUGCGACAAUGGCGUCUGUAUCAAUAAGAACUUCUUCUGCGAUCACAAUAUCGACUGCCAUGACGCUAGUGACGAACGAAAUUGCCCGGAGAGCGGAGAGACUGGCAGUUCAGGCCAGGAAUGCCACGAGGGUAGCUUCAUCUGCAGCGAUGGCAGCUGCAUACCUCCAACUGCAGUAUGCGAUGGACGUGCGGAUUGUCCGCACGACGAAGACGAGAUAAACUGCCAUCGAGGAUGCACUCGGGACCAAUUCCAGUGCGCCAAUGGAGAUUGCAUCCGCGCCGAUCAGAGAUGCAACGGGUUCAUCGAGUGCUCCGACGGUUCCGACGAGCCGGAGGAAUGCGAGCCGCCAAAGCCAACACCAGGUCAAUGUGCCGCGGAUCAAUAUAUGUGCAUUUCGGAUAGAAGAUGCGUUCCAUUAUCCUCCAUCUGUAACGGAGUUCCAGAAUGCCGAGAUGGGUCCGAUGAACAAAAUUGCGAUCGUGAAGCGGUAUGCUCGCACGAGGAGUGGAGGUGCAAGAGCAACGAUUGUAUACCUCAACAUCAACGUUGUGAUCGCCGGAUUGAUUGCCCAUACGACGAUAGCGACGAGUUAGGCUGUCACUAUAGAGCGAUGCAAAGAAAUCACAGUAGGUGCAGCGCGCAUGAAUGGACGUGCAAUGACGGUCAUUGCAUUCCGCUGCAUCAGCGGUGCAACAAAAGGCUCGACUGUCCUAGAGAUAUGACCGAUGAGAUGGAUUGCAGUUAUGAUAAUUAUACCGAUGGAACAUCUGACCUUAGACUGAAGACGUAUCCCAGUGAACAAGUGAUUAAAGAAAAUCCGGCGAAAAUAGGUCGCGAGGUCGUGUUCCAAUGUCGUGACGAGGGUCUUCUACGUGCCAGAGUACGUUGGAUUCGCGGCAACGGCCUUCCUCUGCCGCCCGGCAGCCGAGACAUCAAUGGUCGCCUGGAGAUACCCAACAUUCAACUUGAGCACGCUGGAACUUACAUCUGCGAAGCCUUGGGUUACCCACCGUCCACCUCCGGUCGUCAAGUAACCGUCGUUCUUACUGUUGAGAAAUUUGAGCAACCGGCCACCAGACCACCACAAGUGUGCCAGUACGAUCAAGCUACCUGCAGCAACGGCGACUGUAUUCCCAAAUCGUACGUUUGCGAUGGUAAAUUCGAUUGCACCGAUGGAUCCGACGAGAUGCGGUGCAGUCCGCACGGAUGUGAGCCCAACGAGUUUCGCUGCAAUAAUAAGCAGUGCGUCAGCAAGUUGUGGCGUUGCGACGGCGACAAGGACUGCGCGGACAACAGCGACGAGGAGAACUGCGCGCCGUCUCCCCCGGGAUCUCCGUGCCGUUACAACGAGUUCGCCUGCAGCAGCAAUAAACAGUGCAUCCCGAAAAGCUACCACUGCGACAUGGAGCGCGACUGCUUGGACGGCAGCGACGAAGUUGGAUGCUCUCCCGUUUACAUCGUGAAACCUCCACCGCCGAUGGUCGUCCUCAUGCCGGGCGACAUGUUGGUCCUCACUUGUACAGCAAUCGGUGUUCCGAUACCGGAAAUCAAUUGGCGUCUCAAUUGGGGACAUAUCCCCGCGAAAUGCACAACCGUGUCUACCAACGGAACGGGUACACUAACAUGUCCAGACAUACAGAUAGAGGACCAAGGUGCGUACUCGUGUGAGGCGUUGAACGUCGGAGGCUUCGUCUUCGCCGUGCCGGAUGCCAUUGUUGUCGUGAAGGAAGACGGCAAUGUCUGCCCUAAAGGCAAAUUCAAUUCCGAAGCGAAGACUGCUGAAGAAUGUAUCUCAUGCUUCUGCUUCGGCGUCGCCACCGAAUGCCGCAGCGCCGAUCUCUUCACUUAUCAGAUUCCGCCGCCGUUCGACCGCUACAAGAUUGUGUCGGUUGAGACCGUUCCGACAAUUAGAAUCCACGGUGAUAUUAGCAAUCAGAUAUCCCAGAUCCGCCCACUUGCCCGGGACGGCGUUCAGCUGUUGGAGUCUUUCAGUAAUGAUUUAAAUGUCUACAACGUUCCCUACUUCGCGCUACCGGAGAACUAUCAUGGCAGUCAAUUAAAGUCCUACGGUGGCUACCUAAGAUACUCAAUUCGCUACAGCGGUAACGGCACGCCGAACUACGCCCCUUCCGUCAUCUUAAGUGGCAACAAUUACAUCUUAGUGCACAAAGGUAAGGAGCCAACACCAGAUUACGAGAACGAGAGAUCGGUCAGGUUCUUCUAUGGUGAUUGGUACAAGCAACAAGGAAGAAGCGAAGUCCUAGCUUCCAGGGAGGAAAUCAUGAUGACGUUGGCAAACGUUGACAACAUUCUAAUAAAAGUGAAAUACGAGGACUCUCCGCAACUAGACGUUCGUCUCACUAAUAUCAUUAUGGAUACCGCUGAUACGCGAAAUACUGGCCUAGGAUCCGCGACCUUCGUCGAAGAAUGUCAGUGUCCUACAGGAUACACUGGUCUAUCUUGCGAGCAUUGUGCACCUGGUUAUCUGAGACGCGAAAGCGGACCAUGGCUUGGCCAAUGUUACAGGGAUGAACCACCGUGUCCUCCGGGAUACUAUGGUGAUCCUUCAAGGAAUAUCGCUUGCCAGAUUUGUCCUUGCCCGCUUACCAACCCAUCGAAUCAAUUCGCUCGCACGUGUCAUCUUGGCUCUGACGGCCAACCCACGUGUGAUUGUCCUCCUGGCUACGUUGGACGCAGGUGCGAACAGUGUGCCACUGGUUACCAGGGAAAUCCUCUUAUUCCUGGAGAUAUGUGCGUUCCGCUUCAGCAAUGUGAUCCUAACGGCAGUCUUAGUCCUAACGCCGAUCCACAUACUGGAAAAUGUCAUUGCAAGCAAUAUGCGACGGGUCUCACUUGCAACCAAUGUAAGGCGAAUACCUUUAAUCUGGCCUCGUCGAACCAAUUUGGAUGCAUAGCUUGCUUCUGCAUGGGCAUCACCAACAGAUGCGUCUCUUCUAACUGGUACAGGAACGAGAUUCGCGUAUCGUUUACCAACUCGAUUCGAGGUUUCUCUUUGAUCGAAUCCAAGAGCACUGACACACCAGACAUUGUAGAAGGAAUUCAUCUAAACACCAUUAACCGAGAAAUAGUUUAUGGCGAGUUUCCCAAUCGUGGUAACAACGACGUCUACUACUGGCAAUUGCCCAGCAUUUUCUUAGGAGAUCAAAUAACAUCUUACGGUGGCAAUCUCAAGUACACUGUCAGAUAUGUGCCCUCUCCAGGCGGUCAAAGUUCAAGGAACAACGCUGCGGACGUCGAACUCAUUAGCGCUAACGACAUCAACUUGCUUUACUAUUCCCGCGAGUCUCCCGAGCCUAACUCUCAGCAAUCAUUCACCGUACCAUUGCUCGAGCAAUAUUGGCAACGUAAUGAUGGAACUCAAGCGGACAGGGAGCACCUUCUAAUGGCUUUGGCAGAUGUACGAGCCAUCAGAAUCAAAGCCACUUACACGACGCAUACAGACGAAGCUGCGCUCUCCUUCGUGUCUUUGGACACCGCCGAAAAAUAUAACACAGGUAAAGCUCGUGCAGUCGAGGUUGAAGAAUGUACUUGCCCCGCUGGCUACAGAGGACUUUCAUGCGAGGAUUGCGACGUUGGUUACACCCGGGCCAUUGAAGGUCUCUAUUUAGGCAUCUGCGAACCGUGCAAUUGUAAUAAUCACACGAAUCAAUGCGAUCCCGAAACUGGCACUUGUGAGAAUUGCGCUCAUCAUACUACGGGAGAGUACUGCGAACUGUGUGAACCGGGAUACGAAGGAGACGCUACUCGAGGCACCCCGAAUGAUUGCACGUAUAGAAGUCAGAGACCUGAGCCAUGCAGAUGCAACGAGGCUGGUUCACGUAGCACUUCUUGCGUCGACGGUCGAUGCGAGUGUAAGAGGAACGUCGAGGGUCCAGAAUGUAAUCGAUGCCGCCCGUCGACAUACGGAUUACGCGCCGAGAACAUUGAUGGAUGCAUCGAGUGUUACUGCAGCGGGGUAACUGAUCAAUGUCAUGAGAGUACAUUAUACAUACAACAAAUACCGAUGUGGGUAUAUGACUCCCAUCACGGCUUCACUCUUACGGACUCGACUAGACGCGACAUAAUUGACGAUGGUUUCGAGCUAAAUGUGGCAAUGAAUGAAAUCGGCUACCGCUAUCCGGAUAGCAGAAGCCGCAGGUUGUUCUGGUCGCUUCCGAGUGUUUUCACCGGUAACAAAGUGAAGAGUUACGGCGGAAACUUGACUUUGACGCAGCAUAUCACUGCGUAUCCUGGCGCUCAGAGUUACAGAGAUCAAGACAUUUUGCUGAUUGGCAACGGCAUUACAUUAUUCUGGACAAAUCCGGUGGAGCUCCAGCCUGAAAUUCCGCUGACCUACACCGUUCCUUUGAAAGAGCACGAAUGGAGAAGACUAACCACCGAAGGACCGCGCAGCGCUUCCAGGACGGAUCUCAUGAUAGUGCUUUCCAAUUUAGAAGCUAUCUUGGUCCGCGCGUCCCACAGUGAGAGAAUGACCGCAACAUAUAUCAGUGAUAUUAGCAUGGACACGGCCGUAGAAAAUCUAAUUGGAAACCGACGUGCGACUCAAGUUGAAGCUUGCCGCUGUCCGACCGGUUACACGGGCACCUCCUGCGAAACCUGCGCUCGCGGUUAUUAUAGAGACACCAGCGAUCGGACUAUCAGUUACUUGGGCGCGUGUAAUCCCUGUCCAUGCAACAAAAAUGAAGAGAGCUGCGAAAUCAGCAGAUCUGGCCAUAUCAAAUGCCACUGCCUGCCAGGAUAUAUAGGACAGUAUUGCCAAGACAUAAUGACAAUACGUUGGUCAGGUGAGCUCAUGGUAAGCCUAAUGCCGAUGAACGGCGAAGUCGAGCCGUAUUCUACGAUCCAAUUUACGUGCAACUAUGACUAUCCAGACAUGUUUUACAUCUAUUUUAAAUUGUCGUCGUUCGACGGAUUUCCCAUAACUGCACGGAGUGGCGAAAUCGGCCCGAUAAUGAAGACAGAGAAAGGAGCUGUUCGUACUUGGUUCGUCCACAUGGGGAAUGUCCCCUGCAACGUGGAGUGUCAUAUCGUGAAUGACCGCGGCAAAGAACUGGUCAAAAUUGUGACGUCGAUUACGCCAGUUGGAGAACCGCAAACAACUAGUACGCAGAGCCCAAUAUCUCCACCGAAAAUCACAGUUUACAUACAAGAAAAUGAAUUCCAGAUCGUCCAUACAGGAAAAACCGUCCGAUAUCAUUGCACAGGCAGAUCCAGAGAACAUGAAUCGGUGAACAUUAGAUGGGAGAAAGAAGGUGGUCAAUUACCGCCUGAUAGAAGCGUGGACGACUCGAAUGGACUUUUAGUAAUUAGAGAUGUGAAGGUGUCUGAUAGCGGCAUAUAUGUCUGCCAAGUGAGCGACGGAACAAACAUUGGAUAUAAAAAAGUCACACUAACUGUUGGAGGAACCAACCCGGUAGAGCCUAGAGUCGCUAUAAGUCCAUUGUAUCAGCAAGUGAGAGAAGGUGAACCUGUUGAGUUCCGUUGCGAAGCCACUGGUAAUCCGCCACCUCAACUGAAUUGGAUAAGAGUACACGGAAGUAUGAGUCCGGAGGCGACAUUCUACAAUGGCGUAUGGAGUCUUCCAGCCGCGUCGAAGAACGAUGCAGCCGAGUACAAGUGCGUCGCUAGGAACAACGUUGGCGUAGACGAGAAGACGACCAUCUUAUACGUUCAAGAUAAUCCUAAUAAACCACCACCUCAAGGCUUACCGCCGACUAUAACUCCGUCCGAAUGGUCCGGAACCAGCGAAGAUGUCGUCAGGUUGAUCUGCACACCGUCUCAACAUGUGAAUGUCACCUGGACGAGAUCCGGCGGAUUGCCGUUGCCUUAUACCGCCAGUCAACGUGACGGUAUUUUGACGAUCACCAAUCCCACCCCGAGCGAUUCCGGCAUAUACGUGUGCACCGCGACGAGUGUUCGCGGAACGGAGACGAGCACCACUGCCAGGAUUACGAUAAUGUCUCGGAGAGAACCACCAUUGGUCACGGUCAGACCGUUUCGGCAGGAGGUGAAACAGGGCACUGUGGCUGAAGUACGAUGCAUCACCAGCGGAGACCCAGGUCUACAGGUGAAAUGGAGCAAGUACACGGAAACGAUGAGCUCUCGUGUCCAGCAGGUAGGAGACAUGCUCAGGAUCAUUAACGUCCAGGUCUCGGAUCGAGGAGUAUAUCUCUGCCGGGUUACUGGCCCCACAGGCAAUUACGAGGCCAGUGCCAUCAUCGAAGUUGAACCUCGUGAAGCUCCAGUUUUAGAGCUAUAUCCACAAGAUAUACAAACGGUCAUCCUCGGCGGUUCCGCCGAUCUUCAGUGUCGCGCGAAGGCCGGUUUCCCAGCGCCCGAGUUGCGAUGGUCUCGCGUAGACAAUCGACCAUUCGCCUCCAACAUCGAGCAACUUCCUAGUGGACUCCUCAGACUGUCGAACAUCACAGCGAACGACGACGGUGCCUACAUCUGUUCCGCGUCAAACGAAGUCGGCUCGACGUCAGUCAUCGCGCAUAUCGAGGUGCAGUCUAUGCCUGUGAUCACUAUCACACCGCAACACGGUAUCUUACAGGUGAAACGCGGAAGUCGAGUCCGUUUGAUGUGCAGCGCGAACGGUCAUCCGCAACCCAAUGUGGCUUGGAGCAAAUAUGUGAAUGGAAUAACGAUACAGGACACAUAUAGCAGAACAGCGGCUACUCCUUUAAGUGCCGUUUACGAGAUAUUCUCUGUUUCACCCGACGAUGAAGGAUCCUACACUUGCACAGCUACGAACGCCGUAGGAAUAGCCGAAGAGCGUGUCCAGAUCCGCAUUGAAGAUGAUGACGAUUAUGUGCCUUGCACUGGCGACAGAGGCGAUAUUCCAUGCGACGAUGAUCGACAGCGACCACAACCUGAUUCUAGGGACCCGAAUCAAACAGAGGGAGGAGUAUUGAUUCCCAAAGACUACUUGAGAAUCCCGGACGGUGGCAAAGUGGAGAUGCGUUGUCAGGUCUUCGGACCAGAUGGAGACCACAUCUAUCUGGACUGGAAGAGAAGCGAUCAUCGUUCUCUCCCCGAAGGUAGCACAGUGCACAAUGGAGUGUUAAGUAUCCCAACUGUUGAUAGAAACGCUGCUGGAGAGUACAUCUGUUUGGGCUUGGAUCCUGCCGGCACGGUACUCUUCCGGGCGAAAUCUCAUCUUGAAAUUAUAUCUCCACCAAGAAUUGAAUUAAAUCCAACGCGCCAGACAGUAGGACCUGGAGAAAAUCCAUCUAUAAUUUGCACCGCUACAGGAGAUGAACCUCUGCACAUCGAGUGGAAAGCCAUAGGACGUCCGUUACCAUAUUCUGUAUCGGACAGCGGUGGCAUCUUGCAAUUCCAUGGCAUCACAUAUUCCGACGCUGGCAAAUACGUGUGCAAAGCAACGAACGCAGCAGGAACGGCGGAAGCGGUAGCAGAAGUUUUAGUUAAUGAACAUCCUUACGACAAUGCAAGGAUCCGCGCUGAACAAAGAGACGUAGUAACUCAUGCUGGUAAUUCUGUACGCUUACGUUGCGAGGUGCGCGAACGUGCGACGAUCCAUUGGAGCCGAGAGGGGCUAUCGUUGCCUACCAACGCGCGAAUUGGAGAAGAUUACUUGGAGCUGACGCAAGUGAAACCGGAAGACAGCGGAAGAUACAUCUGUCAGAUCCAGACGAGCCGCGGUGUAUCCAGCGAUUAUAUUAAUUUCAACGUUUCUCUGUACCGAUCGCAGUGCAGGCACUGGGAGUAUCAAUGCAGAAGCCUACAAUGCAUUCCGAUGGAAUACUUUUGCGACGGCUAUGUUCAGUGCAACGACGGUACUGACGAACGCUUCUGCCGCAACGCGCGCUAUCGCCAAUAUCUUCAGAGACGACGCGCUGCUGCAGUGCCUUCAGUAAGCAUCGAGGUGUCUCAAGAUCCAAUAAACAUCGGCGACACCGUUGAUAUACAUUGCACAUACACUGGAACACGCAAUCCACGUUAUCGCUGGACGAGACCGAAUCAUGUGAGCCUACCAGCAAACGCACAGGAGUACGGCAACGUCUUGAGGCUAACUAAUGUAGUCGUUAGCGAUAGCGGACCCUACAGAUGCACAGUUGACACACCCGAAGGCCUACUCGCGAAGGACUUCAAUUUGAUCGUCCACGGCGGAAUCCUCGAUGAACCAGCGAUUGAAACCAAAUUGGCGCCGUACGGAUCAAGUCUGGAAAUGGAUUGCCGGUUAGAUCUCGAUCCGCCAAUACAAUUCCAGUGGAACAAACUCGGCGGACUUCUGCCACGUGACAGUCAGACUUACGAGAACAAAUUAAAAUUAACUAAUGUAAAGGCUGAAGACGCUGGAACGUACAUUUGCUCCGGAAAUAAUGAAGAAUCGCGAGUCGAAAUACCUACGGUGCUAGUUGUAACAGGAGUUGUGCCUAAUUUUAGUCAGGCACCUGAAAGUUACAUCGCUUUCCCUCCUCUACCUGACUCCUACCUCAAGUUCAACAUUGAAAUCUCUUUCAAACCGGAAAGUUACGAUGGCAUUCUGUUGUACAACGACGAAUCUGGUCACGGUGACGGCGACUUUAUCAUUUUAUCUCUAAAUAACGGAUAUCCACAAUUCAAAUUCAAUCUCGGUUCUGGACCAGCUGUCAUUCGCGCGGAUAAGCCUGUCACCUUGAGCGAGUGGCACACCAUUAAGAUUCAACGCAAUCGAAAGGAAGGGACAAUGCUGGUGGACGGCGAAGGCCCUUACAAGAUGGUCGCUUUAGGCAGACGCCAAGGUCUCGAUCUUAAAGAACCUCUUUACAUCGGCGGAGUGCCCAGCUACAGCAGAAUCAACGUGCAAGCCGAGGCGAACACUGGUUUCGUCGGGUGCAUCAGCCGACUAGUCCUCGGAGAGAAACAGGUCGAUCUGAUUGGCGAUCAGACUGACAGUGUGGGCAUUACAACUUGCGAAACCUGCGCCGAGAAUCCCUGCAACAAUGGUGGUGUGUGUCAGGAAGCAGCCACGAAAAACGGCUACACAUGUCUAUGUCGAGCCGGUUUCAGCGGCAAACAUUGCGACAAUAUCGGACAAUCCUGCUAUCCAGGUGCUUGCGGAGAAGGUGAGUGCAUUGAUGAAGAAGUCGGCGGCUUCCAUUGUUACUGUCCAAUCGGGAAGACGGGACCAAGAUGCGAGCAUUCGGUAAACAUCUACGAUCCGGCUUUCCAUGACGACAGAGCUUUCAUCGCUCACGAGACUCCAAAAGCUCUUAGACGGCUUAAGGUAGCCAUGAGUUUUAAUCCGGCGGACUCUGGAGACGGAAUCUUGAUGUAUUGUUCUCAAAAUGACGAAGGCCUCGGAGAUUUUGCAGCACUCGUGAUAAAGGAUAGGCACGUCGAAUUUCGCUUCGAUAUCGGCUCUGGAAUAGCGACAAUAAAAUCGCCUCAUCCUAUUCAACCUGGUGUAUGGGCGCAUGUGACAGUGAAUCGAGAUUUCAAGGAUGCGAAACUGUCGGUAAAUGGUGAGCCAUUUGUGGAGGGCAAGUCACUCGGAGCUGCGAGAACUAUGAACCUAAAUACGCCUCUUUAUAUCGGAGGGGUUGAUCACAGAAGAAUCACGAUCAAUCGAAACGCCGGUGUUGAUCGUAGCUUUCGUGGAUGCAUAAGCGAACUCGAAGUUUCGUCAGUCAGUUUGGAUAUAAUGAAGUCAUCAAUCGACGCGGCUAAUAUCGAGGACUGUUCAGAGCCUCACCCGAAUCAAACAAUGAUUCAUACCAUUAUCACUACUCCAGCAUCCACGCAAUCGCCAACAACGCUGUACUAUCCUUGUUCAUCGAAUCCUUGCAUCCAUGGCCAGUGUCAAAAUUUGAACGAUGAUUAUUCGUGUACAUGCGAAUAUGGAUACGCAGGCAGAAACUGCGAGAAGAUGCAAAAACAAUGUGAAUUUCUCACCCCAUGUAGAAACGGUGGUACUUGUACAGAUCUCCAUGACUCCUACAAAUGCGAUUGUCGCCUCGGUUACAACGGGCAAAAUUGCGAAAAGUUAGCAGAGAUUACGUAUGAUGUUGCCUUCAGAGGAGACGGCUGGCUGGAACUAGACAGAUCUGUUAUGAUUCACGAAGAAGAGCGUGAGGUUUUCGGUCUUGAGAUCAGCACUAAUAAGAGUUACGGAUUGAUCAUGUGGCAUGGUCAAACGCCGAACGAUCUAACUGCCGAUGAUUACAUCGCUGUUGCUGUAGUAGAUGGAUACGUGGAGUAUCAAUACAACUUGGGCUCUGGUCCCGCUGUAAUUCGCAUCACGGCCCAGCGCGUCGAUGAUGGGGAACGGCACAGGAUAAUCCUAAAACGUCAAAGAAGCGACGGUAGCAUCGAACUGAAUGGCGAACAUACUGAAAGCGGUGUCAGUGACGGACUUCAGCAAAUUCUUGAUGCAAGGGGUAACGUUUACUUGGGUGGUUUACCUGAUUAUGCAAUGACUUACGGUAAAUACCACGACGGAUUCUCCGGUUGCAUUUACACGCUGGAGGUGCAGGACUCAGGAGCUAUCGAUAUCGGCGAGAAGGCCAUCAGGGGAAUAAAUGUCUCACCAUGCACCAGAGUAAGAUGGAUACCAUCUUCGCUGGUAUUCACAGAUGCGGAUACGGACGGAUUCGAUGCAUUUGUACCACCGCCGCCGGUGAACAUUAUUCAUCCGAAACCCGCGUCCAAUCUUGCCGCGUACGAUAUGACGAGUUAUUCAUUAUUAAUUAUACUUCAAAAUCUCAUCGCUUUGACUAGGGACAUUAAGGAACAAAGUGUACUUUUCACGCUGUUAUGCGUAGACGCAGUUAACGUUCUCAACGGUUUGUUAAGCUAAAUGAAUAGAACAUUAUCGAUUUCACUUGUCGGAAAUACACAUUUCCCUUUAGACCAAAUCAUGUUAUUAUCAAAUCACGCUGCAAAUGUACAGUAUUCUUUAAAGGGUGUGUAUUUCUGCGAGUUUGCAUAAUAUGUACAGCUAAUAAAUUUGUAAAUUAUUUAAUGCUUAACAUCGACGUUGGAAGUAACACGGCGAA